AUGGGUGAGAUCGGUACAAAUCUGCUCCUGCAGAGGAUAGCUGAACAAGCCCGCGAACAGAGAAUGACACGCGACGCAGCACUGGAGAGCAAAUUCCGAAAGCUGCCCAAUCCAACGUCGCCCAGAAAUGACAAACUGGUGCACAACCUGUCGUCAAAGGAGCUGACGAAGGAUCAGAUGCAGGUUUUAAGACACGAAGCUUCAUUAAACACGACUGACGCCAAACCUGUUAACAUGAUUGCAGCAGUCGAAUCAAUUCUUUGUCAGACGGAGGCAACGGAGGAGACUAAGAGUCUCAUCCGACACCAAGUGUCGUCUCUCCUAAUGGCCCACAGGCCGCGGGAAGUGCUUUCCAAAGUCGAACGUGGUGCGCUUAGAGAACUCAAGGCCGACAACGACUUGGUCAUCGUGCCAGCGGACAAGGGGCGCUCCACGGUUGUGCUGGACAGGGCAGACUACCUUCAAAAAGCCAAAGGUUUGCUGGAGGACCGACAAUUCUAUGUCCCAUGUGCAAAGAACCCGGUAAAAAGCGUUGACACGCGAAAUUAAUGCUACGUUUUUGGCCUUUGAGAACUCAGGAGCAAUAACACCGACCGACAGACGCAUGGCGAGACCCCAAGAUACGGCUUUGGCCCGAUUCUAUGGCCUCCCUAAGGUGCACAAAGACGGCGCUCCUCUCCGACCUAUCGUGUCGUUCAAGGGUACUCCAAAGUACGGACUGGCUAAGUGGCUGUUCCGGCGUCUCAAGUUCCUGACCGCUGAGUCAGACACCACGGUCUCUUCGUCGGCACAAUUCCUGGAGAAACUCAAAGGGGUAAGCCUCCAUCCAAACGAGGUCAUGGUAUCUUUUGAUGUUACAUCCCUUUUUACUUCUAUUCCCCAGGACCUGGCGAUCGAGACAAUCGAGCUGCUUCUUCAAAGCAAAUACGAUGAAACGGAGAAUCGUCCUGGACGCGCCCAAGUCCUUCAGCUCCUGAAGUUCUGUCUCAGGACGUACUUCACGUUCGACGGGACAAUCUACGAACAGGUGAAGGGCACACCAAUGGGUUCGCCGAUUUCGGGAUUCAUCGCCGAGGCGGGCGUGCAACGGUUAGAGUCGCUGGUCUUCCAACACCACAAACCGAAGUUCUGGACCCGGUAUGUGGAUGAUACCUUCGUCGUUAUUGACCGGGAUCAACUGCUGACAUUCAAGGAACGUCUGAAUGCAGUCUUCCGGGACAUACAAUUUACGAUGGAGGAGGAAGAGAACAACCAGCUGGCCUUCCUGGAUGUCCUCGUAUGCCGCAAGGAUUGUGCUGGACUAAAGACCAAAGUGUUCAGGAAAGCGACAAAUACGAUGCAAGUACAGAACUUCAACAACAACCACCCAAUCAGCCAUAAACGCAGUUGUGUAAGGACGCUCUAUCGGCGUGUCGAAACGCACUGCAGUGAGCCGGAAGACAAGACUGCUGAACUACAAUACCUCCGACGGGAAUUUAAAGCCAAUGGCUACCCGCGCAACUUCGUCAACCUGUGCAUACGCAAAAUGGACGAAAGGCCUAACCGCACGGACACCAAGGUUUGGCGAGCGCUUCCAUAUGUUAAGAACGUUUCAGAAGCUGUUGGCCACCUUCUCGCACCACUUGGGGUUAGAGUUGCACGCAGGCCGGAGGCAACUAUCAGGCGUCAGGUAAUGAAACCAAAAGACCCACUGCCACGGCAAGAAACGUCUGGAAUCGUUUAUCGGAUCUGGUGCAGUUGUGAAAAAAGCUACUACGUCGGAGAAACCGGAAGACAUCUCCGAACGAGAAUGACCGAACACGCUGCAGUGGUGCGGAGGAAGGACGCCAGCUCUCAAGUUGCAGCUCAUUCGACGGGUUCCGGCCACACAUUCAAAUUCGACGAGGCCGAAAUUCUCGCAAGAGGUGACAACCGCGUGAGCCGGGGCUGCUUGAGUCAUGGUUUACUGGCCCCCAGUCAAUUAACAAGUGCUACGAUCUUCCCAUUCCAUACUCCGUGCUGAAACUGCGUCUAGGCGGAGUAAUUAGCCACGCGGGGAGCCCACUGUUAACCACUCUUCCCAACACCCGGGUCAGCGCGUUAGAUGGUAGAGCAAUCAUCACACCAACAACCAACGCACGUGAUGAAAUUGCAGCAAUUAACGACGAGAAUGUCGGCCAUCACGCCACGUGCAACGAUCCCUGAUGAAGGGGAUGAAGCCGUGAACAUUCAUAGGUAUGCGGUAGCAUGGCUACUGCAUCCCAUAAAUACUGCAGCCCCUUGUGCAUGAAUCACACGUAUCUGCUUUUGUCUCUGAUGAUGGGUUUGAGCAGGAAUCCGAAACGUCAGGCUAAUAAAACUAUUGUGCCGGCGAUCGUGUCUUCUUCUUCAAAAAAGGUCUUACCAGCAGCCCUCGAGGGAGUAAUGAAAAGGUCGGAAAAUGACUGGUCGUUAGUGAAGCCCAGAAAAAAAUGCUCCUUUUUCGAGAAUCCGGGAAAUUUGAUGACCACGCCGCAGUUUUGCCCAUAGAAACUAGUCAGUUAGCCUGUUCCCAUUCAGUAUCAGCGCUGUAAAUGUGUGAAUGUAAAUUUUGAGACCGCACACAUGGAUAAUGCGGACCAGGGAUUAUAAACCCAAGCGGCCAAGUAAUCGAGGCAGUUCAUUUUCGAAAACGGCAUUGUUUAUACUGCUGGGCAGCUGGGGAUUAGAGCUUGGGGUGCACUGGCAGCUACUAUUAGCGUCAAUUGACCAUCUUCUCAUUGCGGAUUAUAUAGACUUUGCAAAACAGGCCCACAUUCACACAGCAUUUCUUCAAUUUACUUUAUAAAUUCGUUCAUCUAAGACUAAUCAGAAUUCAUACCUUAACUGACGUGUUUACUAUGAGGCAUUUUUUCCGCCAUUUAGAGUGGGAGCGAAGGAGAAUGGGUCUGGCAUAGAAAAAAGGCAGUAUUGGCUCAGGGAUGAAUGGCUAAACCCGGACUCGCAUUGUAAAUGUCAUAAUAAAAUAGCUAUUAACAAGAAUAAUUUAGUCCUCUUCAUGCAGUGCCCGCAGUUAGUCCACGUGAUAAAGAACAGCUCACAAAAGCCGAUUGCGUCAUUGGGUGAAGCAUCAGUAGUGCUACGAGUGUGGGAAUAAACCUUGAACAGCGUUUAAACAGUUCACUCGUCUGGAAUUCAAGGGUCAGACAGUCGUCACCUAACGCAAAUCAGCAAAUCAUCUUUGGCAGGAACAUGUGAAAGUCUGAGAAUAUGCCCUACGUAAGAAACGAAGAAAGUCGCAAAAUUCGAGAUUUAAGGCUUCGAAGUAUUUCCAACAGUUUGUGACACACUAUUAAUCAAGAAAUAAUUGUUUAGAAUUGAAUCACAGCUUUAUUUUAUGCCGAAAUUUCCGAUGUGACUUCAGCUCGGCUAAACUGGUCCCAAUGCAUGAAUUGGUUCUAUGGCAUCAGUUUUUAUAUUUUACGUCAAAUCAAUAUACUGUUUCAGUUAAGGGGAAAUUUCUCUUCUUCGGUUGUCUACUACACAGGUAGUUAAUAGCUUUAUGUGGUACCCUGGUAGUUGGACAGCUCCUAGAGGUGAUGCGAUGCCGGAGUCCUCUCUUUUACCAGUGUUUGAGAACACGGUACUCUCUUGUCUCUGCUACAUAUCGUUGCUCAUAUAUAAAAUAUUAAAGCGUCUUGCGUUUAACGACCAUGCCAGUGGAUAUGCUAAGGAUGUAGCCUUCUUUAUCAUGUCAGAUAUAACCACUAGUUGCAAGUGUUAGCACUCGGAAGUAUAUUUCCUCAACCCUGGGUUGCUCAAACUACUGCAGUUUGAUCCUGUUAUCAGGCGUCUCAACUCUCUUCAGCAUUAUUCAUGCCAUCAUACUUCUGUUGUUUGCAGGAAAUCAGUCAAAAUUAAUCUCUUAAUAUCCUGCUUUGCCAAAAGGUCUAUAUUUGGGAGGAUCGGACUUGUGUACACUAGCAAUAAUGCUUUCUGUACCCCAUUUGUCCCUGUCACUGCGUCUUUGAGUCCUUCGAAGAAGGAUAUUUUGGCACAUGUUAAAUUCGUAAAAAAACCUCUCUAAGUGUCUUUUUUUCAACUGACCAAAAUAUCUUUCCAAAGGCAUCCAAUCUUUGGAUCUCCGCCACACAAGUUGUAAGUUACGGCCUAAAAUCCCCCUUUUCGUCUACUUUUUGAAGUAUGCCGAUGGUUUCACAGUUUUAUCCAAUUAGAAUGCCUGUAGCGACUCAAGCACGCAUAGGCCUUCCGCCUCUGACACAUGAAUCAUGUGAGCUCGCGGCCCACGAACUGGUAGAUCGGGCCUUCAUGUGGCCUCUAGAACAGCAAAUCACAGGUAUAACACAAACCCGUCCCUCACCCUAUCAGCUGACCAAGCUGACGUUUACCGACUCUCCCAUGACAGUUUGACCGUCGUCGCCAUCGUUGUCCAACAUCCUUAUUCCGCCUUGCCCCGGAGCAGGGACGGUGACUCGUGCGUGAGUUAGUUUAUAGUGAUUUUAGACUUGAAGAAGGAGACACGAUCACAGCGACAAGAGCGUUAUUGGCCUGACGUUUCGGAUUCCUGCUCGAACCCAUCAUCAGAGACAAGGCAGAUUGGGGUGGUUCAUGCACAAGGGGGCGCAGUAUUUAUAGGAUGCAGUAGCCAUGAUAUCGCAUACCUAUAAAUAUUCACUGCUCCCCCCUUCAUCAGGGAUCGUUGCACGUGGUUUGAUGGCCGACAUUCUCGUCGUUAAUUGCUGCAAUUUCAUCACGUGCGUUGGUUGUUGGUGUGAUGAUUGCUCUACCAUCUAACGCGCUGACCCGGGUGUUGGGAAGAGUGGUUAACAGUGGGCUCCCCGCGUGGCUAAUUACUCCGCCUAGGCGAAGUCUCAGCACCGAGUAUGAAAGGGGAAGAUCAUUGCACUUGUUAAUAGACUGGGGGCCAGUAAACCAUGACCCAAGCAGCUCCCGGCUCACGCGGUUGUCACCUCUUGCGAGAAUUUCGGCCUCGUCGAAUUUGAAUGUGUGGUCGGAUCUCGUUGAAUGAACGGCAAUUUGAGAGCUGGCGUCAUUUCUCCGCACCGCUGCAGCGUGUUCGACUAUUCUCGUUUAGAAAUGACUUCCGGUUUCUCCGACGUAGUAGCUUUGUCCGCAACUGCACUAGAUCCGAUAAACGACUCCAGACGUUUCUUGCCUUGGCAACGGGUCUUUUGGUUUCAUUACCAGACGCCUGAUGGUUGCCUCCGGUCUGUGUGCAACUUUAACCCCAAGUGGUGCGAGAAGGCGGCCGACAGCUUCCGAAACGUUCUUGACAUAGGAAAGCGCUCGCCAAAAUUGGGUGUCCGUGCGAUUAGGCCUUUCGUCCCUUUUGUGUAUGCACCGGUUGAAGAAGUUGCGCGAGUAGCCAUUGGCUUUGAGGACCCGUCGGAGGUAUUGUAG